AUGGGCAACGUGGUGGAGGGCAAGUCGGUGGAGGAGCUGAGCAGCACCGAGUGCCACCAGUGGUACAAGAAGUUCAUGACCGAAUGCCCCUCUGGCCAGCUCACCCUCUACGAGUUCCGCCAGUUCUUCGGCCUCAAGAACCUGAGCCCGACGGCCAGCCAGUAUGUGGAGCAGAUGUUCGAAACCUUUGACUUCAACAAGGACGGCUACAUAGACUUCAUGGAGUACGUGGCCGCGCUCAGUCUGGUGCUGAAGGGGAAGGUGGAGCACAAGCUGCGCUGGUACUUCAAGCUCUACGACGUCGACGGCAACGGCUGCAUCGACCGCGACGAGCUGCUCACCAUCAUCCAGGCCAUUCGAACCAUUAACCCCUGGAGCGACUCCACCAUGACAGCAGAGGAGUUCACCGACACUGUGUUCUCCAAGAUUGACGUCAAUGGGGAUGGGGAGCUGUCCCUGGAGGAGUUCAUGGAGGGUGUGCAGAAGGACCGGAUGCUCCUGGACACGCUCACACAAAGCCUGGACCUCACCCGCAUCGUGCGCAGGCUCCAGAAUGGCGAGCAGGAUGAGGAGGGGGCUGGGGACGGGGAAGCCAAGGCUGCCGGCUGA